GUUUCAAGUUUGGGAAGCUGAGAAGGAUGGAAGCCACAGCUGUGGAAGAGGAGUUGAACUGUGCUGUGUGUCACCAGGUGCACCAAGACCCUGUCUCUUUGCCCUGCCAACACAGCUUCUGUCGCAAAUGCAUUGAGGAUGUUUGGACUCAAGAAGUCGAUCAGGAUGGGUUCAGCUGUCCCCAGUGCCAUCAAACAUUCACCUCGAAGCCCAGUCCGAAGAUAAGCACUCCCACUGUCCCCUGUGAUCAUUGCAUCGAUAGUGAGUACCCAGCUGAGAAGACCUGUCUGAAAUGCGAAUCCUCUUUCUGUUCCUUCCAUUUGAGGCCACAUUUGACAAAAGAGAUCUUCAAAGAUCACAAACUAGUCAACCCCCUGGCUGACCUUACUCAUAGAAAGUGCCCAGACCAUAAGAAGACUCCUGAGUUCUUCUGUACUGUUGAUGGACUGUGUGUGUGUGCUUCAUGUGGACUCCUCGGCAAGCACAGGUCCCAUACAAUGGUGAGCCUUGAUGAGGCAGAAGCUUCAAUUAAAGAAGAAUUGAAGAGAGAAGUUGUGAAACUUCAGACAGUUCACCAGAAUUGUUCCAUCAAUCAGCAAGACUUGCAGAAAUCAGAAACUGAAAUAAAGAAACUCGUCAAAGAGCUGAAAGGAGAUCUUCUGAAGCGGUUCUUUGAAUGGAGGAAGCAUUGGGAAGAUGAUGAAAAAUACAUACUGAGUCUGAUUGAUGAGGAGGAACUCCGAGUGCUCUCACAGGUUCGGAACUAUUCAGAAGGGUUGACCAAGGUGAUGGAACAGAUUAAUUCGCUCGAAGAUGAAGCACAGAAUCUGCUGCAAGAAGACUGUCUCUCCUUUAUUCAGAAUUCCAAGCAGCUCCUUUCCAGAUUUACUGAAAUUCAGGAGAUCUCAUUUCCAGACGCUCAAAAGCCUGAUUUGAACCUAUCCAAUGUGUUUCAACUUCUCAAAAAGAUGUGGGAGGAAUCGAAAAAGUAUUUUGCAGCCUUAGAGGAACUAAUCCAGAUGUAUGACUGUGUGAAGGCAGCAGUAAGAACUGCCCACAAGAACUAUCGUCAAAUAGAAACCACAACAGAGUUCAGCAAAAUACCAACGUUGUCGCUAAAGAUGCCAGCAGUCAGACCAUGGGUUGGCAGCCAGAAGGCACAUGCAUUGAAAAGAUUAUCAAGAGAAACAAAAGCGGAGUUGUCAUGGUUGACCCUGGAUCCAAAAAACAGCAAACAAACACUUGGUUCUGUCUGAUGAUCUGAGAUCAGUGGCGCACAGUGAUAAGGAACAACCCUAUCUAAAUAACCCACUGAGGUACAAAAGCCACUCCCAAAUACUCUGCAGGCAUAAUUUCUUUGAUGGAUGUCACUCCUGGGAUGCGGAAACUAAGGGCAAUCAGUGGGCAAUAGGAAUUGCAUACGGGACUAUACAAGUGAGAGGUUGCAAUUCUGAUCUGUGCACAACCCCCAAAGCCUGGUGCUUACAACUCUGUUUUAGCACCUUGACAGCCUGGCACAAUAACAAGCAAACACACAUCUCAGCAGACCUCUCCAUUCAAUUAGACUGCCAUGCAGGAACAGUGUCAUUUCACCAGGUCGCUGACUCACUGACACAUUUGCACACAUUUGAAGCCACAUUUAGUGGACAUGUGUAUUCAGCUUUUCACUGUGAGGCCAAAUCCAAGCUAAGCCUGGUCAAAUAAAGCUGAAUUCCUGAGAGACUUUUAUUUCUUUCAGUGUUUGCUCUCAGUUUGUGGGCUUCGCUUUAAAGCCAAGACAUUUUCUUUCGUUAUUCUUUCAUGUGAUGUGCAAUCAGUGAUAUUGCCAUUCCCUGACAUCCCUAGUUUCUCUUUCCAACUUGAUGUGGAGGUACUGGUGUUGGACUGGGGUGAACAAAGUCUAAAGUCACAUGACACAAGAUUUAUUUGUAUCACAAGCUUCACCUACAGUGCUCCAAAAGCUCAUGAUUUCAAAUAAACCUGUUGGACUAUAAUCUGGUGUGUGUGACUUCUGGCUUUGUCCACCUUGUUUCAGAGAACAUUGAAAUGGUCACACGUGGGUCAGAUCAAGUAAAACUUUUCCUAAGGACUAUCGGUGAAUUAAUUGGGUCCAAGAGUUAUGGGCACCAGUUUUCUAUCUAAUUUCCACAAAUUAGUUUCAAACUAAACUCAAAUUCUCAAGUGUCACAGUGAAAUCUGAACUCACGUACUCAAGAUCAUUAAGUAUAUACUUCUGGAUAACUAAUUCUGUGCUAAAGAUUAAUAUUUGUACUUACAGAAUUACAUUUUGUUUUGCUCAAAAACUGCAUGAAUCAUGCAAGGUUCUGUAAAUUCAUUUUUU